AUGUCUGAUGAAGUGGUUGUAAACGGUGCCGGCGCCGACGUGGAUGUUGAAAUAGCAGCAAAGGAAGAAGAUUCCGACGGAACUAUGAACCUAACUGUUCAAAAAUUGAUGCAAAAGCUCGCGAUUUUGGAGCAGGAAAAACAAGAACUUAUCAACGAUAAGGAAUCGGCCACUGCAAAAAUUAAGGAACUUGAGGAUGAGAUCAAGACGUCCGAAUCCGAUAUGAGGGCGUUGACUUCGAUUGCUGGAAGGGCGGCUGAACUCGAGACUGAGGUGUCGAGGAUGCAACAUGAUUUAAUUUCGUCGAUGUCCGAUGCACAAGAAUCUAAUGCUGAGCUAUCUGAAUUGAAAAGAGUCGUGGAAGAAUUAAAGAAGAGCGAAUCAGAGAAAGCAGAGAAAGUUGAUGUUAUUGAGAACGAGAGGAACUUGCUGUUGGAACGUUUGAAUAAAGAGGCCGAAAAGCUAAAGGAGGAGGAGAAUCAAAUUCGCGAACUCGAGAGGAAGAUUGAGAGUCUUGAGACGAGGGAGAGUAGUCAGAAGAGUGAGAGGCUCAAGGUUGAGGAAGAAGCUAAAGCAAAAAUCAGCAAGAAAGAUGAUCAGAUACAGAGUUUGAGCAUGAUGGUUGACGAGUUCCAAUCUGUAAUCGUCAAGAAUCGUGCUGAUAUGGAGAAAUCAGAAAAGGAGAAAGAGGAGUUGGAGAUUAGGAAGAAUGAUUUGGAAGCCCUGUUGAAGAAUUCAGAGAGUAAGGUUAAGGAGAUGGAGGACAGAUUGGAUCAAUUACAAAAAGAAUUGGAAGCGUACGAGAAGAUUAACAGUGUUCUGAAGGAGAAAGUGGUAGAGGAUACCAAUGGCAUAGAAGCUAAGAGAGGUAUCAUCCUCAAUGGUGAUGAGAAGAAGCUCGAUUGGCCCAUCAUUGCUGUGGGAGCUGGUGCUAUUGCUACAGUAGCACUUGUGUACUUCCGUCAUGCAAACAGGUGA